AUGCCCCAAAAAUCAAUUUUUAGACAACCGGGAGCACAGCACUUCCAGCUUGUGCACCGAUCUCAGAGAGAUCCGCUUAUUCACGAUCCUGACGCCAGUCAGCAUGUCCUGAAGGCAUUUGUACGAGCGAAUGACAAGAAGGGAAAGACUCGUGCCGAUCUUGAGUCCCUCCUUUCUCCCGAUGAUAUUGCCCAUGACGCUCGUGUCGGCGAAGCGGCAUCAUAUGGAAUUUAUUUCGACGACACAGAGUAUGACUACAUGCAGCAUCUACGUACGGCUGGUGCAGAGGAAGAGGGCGUAGAAAGCAUACUCAUUGAAGCACCUACUACCUCUCACAAAUCGAAAGGCAAAGGCAAAUCAAAGGAUCCGAUAUCCUUGCGCGAUCUGCCGGCAGAGGCACUACCAUCGGCAUCUGAGAUGCCCAGGAACUAUGAGUCGCAGGAAGCCGUUCCCUCAUCGAUCGCAGGUUUUCAGCCGGACAUGGACCCCCAUCUCCGACAAGUUCUUGAGGCAUUGGAGGAUGAUGCGUUCGUAGAUGAUGGUAUAGAGGAUGACUUUUUCGGCGAUCUGGUAGCAGAUGGAGAGCGAGAUGACAAUGAGGAAUUUGGGUACCAGUUCUAUGAGGACAGUGAUACCCCACAGGAUGCCCCUUCUACGGAGGAUCACGGGGACCCUGACAGCUGGGAAGCGGCCUUCGCCAAGUUCAAGAAAGAUCAAAAGGAAGCACCUCCACCCAGCGAUUCCGAUGACGAACUCCACUCAGAAGGAGGGGACACCAUAGGAAAUUUACCGAAGUUACCUGUCAUCGGUGGAAAGCGCAGGCGCAAAGGCACUUCCGAUGCCUCUGGGUACAGCAUGAGCAGCUCGUCAAUGCACCGCACGGAAACGUUAAUGACAUUAGAUGAGCGCUUCGAUCAGCUGAUGGAGAAAGAGUAUGGCUCUGAUGAAGGAGAAGAGGUCGAGGAAGAGAAUGAUGACUUUUCGUCUGAACUUUCAGAUGAAGCUCCUGAGCUCAUCACCUCGCGAGAAGAUUUCGAGGCCAUGAUGGACGACUUCAUGGACAACUAUGAGUUGCUUGGCAGAAAACUAAAGCCAGUGCUUCCGGGGGACACAGGCCCGGAGAAACUGGACACCUUGCGUCGGGCAAUGGGCCAGGAUGAGCGGGUACGGAUAAGGUCGGCAGAUGAUGAUGACGAUGAGGAGUUGGAUGACGACCGACUUUUCGUCGGAUAUGAUGCCACGGAGAAAGAGGAUAGAUGGGACUGUGAGACUGUACUGACAACGUAUUCCAACCUAGAGAAUCAUCCCCGCGUCAUCCGAGCGCGAGCAUCGAAGCCAGUUCCGAAAAUCAAACUUGACCCCAAGACUGGUCUUCCUUUUCUGGAUCCUCAAGUCGUGGAGACGCAAGAACGUCAUCAUGAGUUGCAUUUUGUUGCCGAAGGGGAAGAAGAGUCCCGAGUGGUCAAGCAAACCAUAUCUCGCCCGCGCGACGAAUCUAAGGAAGACAAAAAAGCUCGCAAACAAGCUGUCAAGGCCGAACGUCAAGUUCGUCGUGUAGAGAAAAAGGCGACACAGGAGCAGUUCUCCGCCGAAAUGAAGCACCAAGCACAGGGCCUUGCAAACAAGGCUCAGAGUACUAGAACAAGAAAACUGUAG